ACAGUAGUAAACUUAGAGCAUCUGAUGCCCCCCCCUCUCUCUCUCUCUCUCUCUCUGCCUCCCUCCCUCUCUCUCUCUCUGUUCUCUGCAGGACAAUCAUCCCCCCAGCAGACGGACACCUGCCAAAUCGCCUGCCUGUCCUCUCUCUCUCUCUGCUCAUUCUCUCUCUCUCUCUCUCUCUCUCUCUCUCUCUCUCUUGUGCUUCUUUCUCGGAUCACCGGGACCAUCACACCGGGACUCCGUCGGCAGUGAACGCGGCUCAAAGCGCACGAAGGGUGGCUUGUGGACGAAGGAGGGGUCGGCGUGGAGUCUGGAUGUACUGAUUCAUGGAUGGAUGGAUGGAUGCGGGGGUUCGUGUCUCACCUUGGGAGGAGAGUUCAGCCUGCGAUGCCCAACCCUGACCUCUGACCUCUGACCCCUCUGAGAGACCCUCUAGGGAGGAGGACGAGUGACUAGCAGAGCUCUGAGAAGAGAUGGAGGGAGGAGAGGAGAGCCGAGGGGAGGUGGCUGAGAUCUCCUGCAGACCGGGGAGGGCCUCCCCAAGGGGAGGAGGGGAAGGGGGGGACCUCUGCACACAAAAUGGCCUUAUAAACACCCACAGAGUGGGGGCGGAGCCUCGGGAGGCGCUGCUGUUGGUGUACUCAGCUCCUCAGUAUCAGGGUCAGGUAGUGAACACUCCUCCUCAGCAAGAGAGGAGCAGCAGAGGAGGAGGUACUCCUCAGCUCCUGAACCCACGUGCCCUCCUCCCCCAACAGGUGUUUACGGACCCUCACCUCAGGCCGGCCCCCAGCCUCCUGCUGUGUCCAGAGAGCGUCCUGAGGACAUGGGGGGAGACCGGGGGAGGGGACUGCUGUGAGACCACCUUCAUCGAGGGGCUCAGCCCUGAUGCCUCCUCCUCCUCAGCUGCUGCCUCCUCCACGAAAGAGGCGCUGCUGUUUGGUGACGGGAAGUUUCUGGACUUUUCUGGAGAGGACUCAAAGAUCCACACGCUGUCAUACGACGUCGACGAUGAAGACGACUUCCAGGAGCUUGAGAGCGAGUACUCCAGCGAAUCAGAGAGCGAGGAUGCCUUCCUGUUGAUGCCUCCCAGAGACCAUCUGGGCCUCAGUGUCUUCUCCAUGCUCUGCUGCUUCUGGCCGCUCGGCAUCGCUGCCUUCUACCUGUCUCACGAGACCAAUAAGGCGGUGUCUAAAGGAGACUUCCACCAGGCCAGCUCCAGUUCGAGGCGGGCUCUCUUCUUGGCCGUCCUUGCAAUCACCAUCGGGACAGGUAUCUAUGUGGGCGUGGCUGUGGCGCUCAUCGCCUACCUCUCAAAGAACCACCACUGGUAACCUUGUUGGAGGGAAGUGACCCAUCAGACAAUGGGAUCGUUUUGGAGUGUUCAUCUCACCUGCUGUCUCUCUCAGGCGAGCGUUUCCUCGGCAGGUUGACCCUCAGCGACGAGCUGGAGGAAGACUUCCUGUCUGUAGCGGGAGGUUCAACAGAACACGCCCAGUCGUUUGCGUUAUUACUGGAUGAGAUACCUCGACAAGGCGACUGUGAGUCAGGUGACUCUGGAGCCUGAAACGUUUGAACCAAUCAGAUUGCCGGAUCUUUUAUGAGAACUGUGUGUGUUUUUGAGAAGACGAAGCCGAAAGCAAAGAUGUUCCUGCAGCUUAAGUUUGUUUGAUGGAUUUCAGUUUCAGAGAACAUUUCCAGUGUGACUGUUUCUCCGUCUCAGUGCUCACUGAAAUCAGACACAUGGAUACAAACCAGAGGAACACAGAGGGACUGUGGAGGGCUCAGAGGUUCACACAGAGGGGGAUAGAACUGGGAUGUUCCUGGAGUCUCAUUUCCCCGCUGAUGAACCAGAAAUUACUGUUACCACAAAUGUGUGUGUGUGUGGUCUAGCCGUCUUAUGGAACUGUGUGGUGUGUGUGUUCAGAGGAUUCUAACUGGGAUGUUGGAAUCAGCAGGAACUGUUGGUUUUAAAGUCAGUGAAGAUCUAAAAGUCGUCCGGUGUGUGGCCUCAGCGUCCUCAUGCAUGUGCUGGUUCCUCAUGUCUCUGGUGGAGUGGUUAUAUGUCAGUUUAACCAGACACAGCCUACAUACAACUUUAUCUGCAUUAAUUCAAUUCAGUUCAAUUUAAUUUGCUUUAUUGGCCUGAACAAAGACAUGUUGUUGCCAAAGCACAUACAAUUCAUACACAUACAUUACAUUACAUAUAUAUUGAUUACAUAUUACAUUCAUUACAUAUAAAUCUCCAUUAACUAGAUCAACACACUGACAAACCACGCCCACUACCAUAUGACCAGAUCAUCACCUGUGCUCCUUUACAUCCAGGUAGUAGAGCUGCACAGACAUACAUGAGGACACACUGCAGACCAGCUGAAAUAAAGACAUAUAUGAGGACAUACUGCUGACCAGCUGACAUAAACACAUAUAUGAGGACGCACUGCAGACCAGCUGACAUAAACACAAACAUGAGGACAUACUGCUGACCAGCUGACAUAAACACAUACAUGAGGACGCACUGCUGACCAGCUGACAUAAACACAAACAUGAGGACACACUGCUGACCAGCUGACAUAAACACAAACAUGAGGACACACUGCAGACCAGCUGACAUAAACACAUACAUGAGGACACACUGCAGACCAGCUGACAUAAACACAAACAUGAGGACACACUGCUGACCAGCUGACAUAAACACAUACAUGAGGCCACACUGCAGACCAGCUGACAUAAACACAAACAUGAGGACACACUGCAGACCAGCUGACAUAAACACAUACAUGAGGACACACUGCAGACCAGCUGACAUAAACACAAACAUGAGGACACACUGCUGACCAGCUGACAUAAACACAAACAUGAGGACACACUGCAGACCAGCUGACAUAAACACAUACAUGAGGACACACUGCAGACCAGCUGACAUAAACACAUACAUGAGGACACACUGCAGACCAGCUGACAUAAACACAUACAUGAGGACACACUGAUGACGGCUCACUAGAAUACCUCCUUUACACAGAGAUACAUGAUAACUGACUCUGGAUCCUUGAUAAUGAUUGUGUAGACUGGAUCACUGAUUCUGGAUCCCUGUUACUGAUUGUGAAGACUGGAUCACUGACACUGGAUCCCUGUUACUGAUUGGGAAGACUGGAUCACUGACUCUGGAUCCCUGUUACUGAUUGGGAAGACUGGAUCACUGACUCUGGAUCCCUGAUAUUGAUUAGACUGAAUCACUGACUCUGGAUCCCUGAUAUUGAUUAGACUGAAUCACUGACUCUGGAUCCCUGAUACUGAUUGUGUAGACUGGAUCACUGACUCUGGAUCCCUGAUACUGAUUGUGUAGACUGGACCACUGGUUCUGGAUCCCUGAUAUUGAUUGUGUAGACUGGAUCACUGACUCUUGAUCCCUGAUACUGAUUGUGAAGACUGGAUCCCUGAUUCCGGAUCCCUGAUACUGAUUGUGAAGACUGGAUCACUGGGUCUGGAUCCCUGGGACUGGAUCAUAUAUUCUGGAAUCCUGAGACUGGAUAACAGAUCUGGAUCCCUGAUACCGGAAUUGAGACUGGAUCACCGAUUCUGACUUUGACGGCUGGAUCACAUUUUUGGAUCACUGGGUUGUGGAUGCUGGAUUACUCACACUGGAUCAAUAGGGCUGAAUCACUGAUUCUGGAUCCAUGCAAUGCUGAGAGUGGAUCAAUAGAUCCCUAACUCUGGGCCCCUGACUCUGGAUCCCUGAUUCUGGAUCCCUGACUAUGGACACCUGACACUGGAUCCCUGACACUUGAUCCUGACUCUGGAUCCCUGACUCUGGACCUCUGACUCUGGACCCCUGACUCUGAAUCCCUGAAUCUGGGCCCCUGACUCUGGAUCCCUGAUUCUGGAUCCCUGACUAUGGACACCUGACACUGGAUCCCUGACACUUGAUCCCUGACUCUGGACUAAUGACUCUGUACCCCUGACUCUGGACCCCUGACUCUGGACCCCUGACCUCGGAUUGCUGUCUCUGGAUCCCUGGCUCUGGAUCCCUGACUAGCGACACCUGAAUCUGGAUCCCUGACUCUGGAUCCCAUGUAUGGGGCUUACUUGUUUUUUUGACGGUCUGUUGAAGUGUUUCUGUCUCUGGUGAAAGAGAACUUGUGGUUCUGUUUUGAUUCUUUCUGUCUGUGAAUGUUUUUUCCUGCUCUGUAGUUUCUGUGUUUCUCUGCAGGUUUCAUCAUGAAGACAGGGCUAGUGAAAAAGUUCAUCACAGUCCGGUCCACCUGUCGUCAUCUUUGAUCAGGUUUUAGGAAAAGCCUACCCCCACCACAAACACUCGUUCAUGUCUGUAGCUAUCAGCGGCUCCUUGACUGGUUUCCCUCGUCAGGAGAUCAUUUCAGUGGAGAGUAAGCUGCAGAGAGGUCAUCCAUCACUUUCAGCCACACACACACAUCUUCACCACAUUGACCAGUCACACACACACACACACACACACACACACACACACACACACACACACACACACACACACACACACACACACACACACACACACACACACACACACACACACACACACACACCUGCACAUCAACCGAAUGUUUGCAGACCUCUGGUGAGGAUGAUCUUUGAUGUUUACCUGUUGAGUUUCAUACUUCAAUGAAUAUGAAAUGAUGUGAACUGAAACCCUGUGUGUCAGAGCAUGAUUCAGAACCAGAGGUUAUACAGCUGAAAAUAAUAAACAUUUAUAUAUUUUCUGGGAA